CGAGAAUAGCGUAGAAAGGAAGUAAGCGAAACGAAUAAAACCAAUCGGGCAUUGACAAAAUCGGACUUACCAUUCCUUAAAUUUUUGUUGCUAAAUAAUCAGUCAAUCAGUUUGAAGCCUCAUCUCAGAUCAGAAAGCCAGAGUAAGAGUAGGGAUGAUAACGACGCAUAAUCACUCCUUCUGUAUCUCCCACUUUCAUACGUCAGAAGCCUCAUCUCAGAUCAGAAAGCCAAAGUAAGAGUAGGGAUGAUAACGACGCACUCCUUCUAUAUCUCCCACUUUCAUACAUCAGUCGAUAUGCUGAAGUUCAUCAAGAUGGACAUCACAACAUCGUUGCGAUUAUUUAUAAUAAUACUUGGAUAUUUACUAUUUGUGUCGUUCAGUCAAUGUCACAAACCGGACUCGUUUCAAGAUACUUUGGGCCAUAUAAAAUCGCGCACGUCCCCAGAAAUUCAGGCAAAAGCAGCUGAAGAUGUCGCGGAAAGAUUGCUAGGCAAAAAGAUAUCUAAAUUGUUUAUUAUGAUACUGGAUAUCGAUUUGGGGCCUGUUGGUAAAGAUACUUUCAAGAUAACAAAAAAUCCUCUAGGCGAAAUCGAAAUUCGCGGCACUUCCGGAGUGGCAAUCACAUGGGGUUUGCAUUAUUACUUGAAAAACUAUUGCAAUGUUCAUAUAUCAUGGGACGGUACGCAAAUUUCGUUGCCAAAUACCUUGCCGGACGUUCGAGUUAAAAUUAUAUCAAACGACAGAUUCAGAUAUUAUCAGAACGUGUGCACUGUGGGUUAUAGUUCGACCUGGUGGCAAUGGCAUCAAUGGGAAAAGAGCAUCGAUUGGAUGGCCCUUAAUGGAAUUAAUCUUGCCCUCGCUUUUACUGCGCAAGAGGCGAUCUGGCAAAGACUGUAUCAAGAAUUGAAUCUGACAAAAGAGGAGAUCGACGAGCACUUGGGUGGACCUGCUUUCUUACCCUGGGCGAGGAUGGGCAAUAUUCGUGGCUUUGGUGGACCAUUAUCAUCAAAUUGGCAUAAUUAUACAAUACGUCUGCAACACCAGAUUCUUCGUAGAAUAAGAGAUCUCGGAAUUAUACCUGUACUACCGGCUUUCGCCGGUCACGUGCCGCGAGCUUUUGCCAGACUUUUUCCAAAUGCUAAUAUGACGAAGAUCAAUCCGUGGAAUAAAUUCGAAGACAAAUAUUGCUGUCCUUAUCUGUUAGAACCGACGGAUCCACUAUUUCGGACUAUUGGAGAAAAAUUUCUUCGAAUGUACAUCGACGAGUUUGGUACCGAUCAUAUAUAUAAUUGCGAUACUUUUAACGAAAACGAACCCGGCAACAGUGAACUUGUAUAUUUGAGAAACAUUGGCAAUUCGAUUUUCUCAGCUAUGACCGCGGUCGAUUCCAAAGCAAUAUGGUUAAUGCAAGCUUGGCUGUUCGUGCACGACAUCACGUUUUGGACGAAGUCCAGAGUGAGAGCUUUCUUGACCUCAGUACCUUCAGGACGAAUGUUGGUAUUAGAUCUACAAUCUGAACAGUUCCCACAAUACGUCCGAUUGAAAUCGUAUUACGGCCAGCCAUUUAUUUGGUGCAUGCUGCAUAAUUUCGGUGGCACUUUAGGAAUGUUUGGCUCCGCGCAAAUUAUUAAUCAGCGUACAUUCGAGGGUAGAAACAUGAAUGGCAGUACCAUGGUGGGAACCGGUCUGACACCCGAGGGUAUCAACCAAAACUACGUAAUUUACGAACUGAUGAACGAAAUGGCGUAUCGUCACGUGCCCGUCGACCUCGACAAUUGGUUCGAAAGUUACGCCACUCGAAGGUACGGCGCAUGGAACGAAUAUGCGGUGGCUGCUUGGCAACACCUCGGCAGAACAGUUUAUAAUUUUAUCGGCACACAAAGAAUCAGAGGACAUUACGUUAUUACCAGACGGCCGAAUUUAAAUAUUUCACCAUGGAUCUGGUAUGAUCGAAAAAAUUUCUAUGCGACGUGGAACGUGUUUCUGAAAGCGAGAUACGGUAGAGGAAAUAAUACCCUCUACAGACAUGAUGUGGUUGAUAUAACCAGACAAGCUCUUCAGUUAAUGGCCGACGAUAUUUACAUGACUAUACUAGAUUGCUAUGAGAAAAAGAAUAUCACUGCUUUUCGAACGUCCGCAAACUCUCUGUUAGAACUUUUCGACGAUCUCGAGUCUAUUCUGGCAUCAGGAAGUAAUUUCUUGCUGGGCACCUGGCUAGCCCAGGCAAAAGACAUGGCCGUUGACGAGGAGGAGAGGCGAUCUUACGAAUAUAAUGCAAGAAAUCAAAUCACCCUGUGGGGCCCAAAUGGCGAGAUUAGAGACUAUGCGAACAAACAAUGGUCGGGGGUGAUGGCGGACUACUUUAAGCCCAGAUGGGAGCUUUUCCUAAAAGCCCUUGAGAAAUCACUGGUACAAAGAACUAAGCUCAAUAUCACCGAGAUUAACGAUAGAAUAUUUCACGAAGUCGAACGACCUUUUACUUUCUCUACGAAGCUUUAUCCAGUAGAGGCAAAAGAUGAUACUAUUGACAUAGCAAUGAAAAUAAUUUCCAAGUGGUACGAAGAAAAAUCAGUAUCAUCAUCAUUAUUAUCAUCACACACAGAGACAGGCUAAAAAAGAGUUACGAUCUAAAAGACACUCUUUCUUUUUUUUAUUUAGAUAAGAUAAGAAUUAUAUAUAUUUCAAAAAAUCUCCUCAACGCAAGACAAUAUUAACAAAAUAAUUUUCAAUGAGGUAUAUUAAAUACGCGUUUCCUAAGUUUUCAUAUUUUAUUUAAUAAGAAUUUAGAAAAUUCAGUAUCUUUCUAUGAUCUAUAUGGAUAUAAUUACUUUUUCUUUUUAUAAGGAAAUAAACUUUUUCUUACAA